AUGGUGGCCGAUACUGGGAAUCAUAUCCCCCGUGGGCUUGCAGAGACCACCUUGGAGCAGCAGGAACAUUGGUUCGUGGGGAGCAUUGACCAGGGCACUACGUCAACUCGCUUCCUGAUAUUUAACGGCUCUGGUGAACCAGUUGCUAGUCACCAGAUUGAGUUUAAUAACCUAUAUCCUCACCCUGGGUGGCAUGAGCAAGACCCCUUCGAGAUCCUCCAGAGCGUUGAGACCUGCAUUGAAAAGGCCGUUGAAAAGUUCAUCGCUCAGGGAUAUAGCAUCUCAGCAAUUCACUCCGUUGGUUUGACCAACCAACGUGAGACCAUCGUCCUUUGGGAUAAGACCACUGGCCAACCCUUGCACAAUGCAAUUGCUUGGCCUGACACGAGAACAACCUCGUUGGUUCGUGAACUCAAGGCAUCGGGGAAGGAGGAUGAGCUGCGAAACCUGUGCGGCCUCCCACUGUCCACAUAUCCAUCCAGCGUAAAAUUGCUUUGGCUUCUUCGCAAUGACGCGUCUGUGAAGCAGGCAUAUGAUGAGGGCCGCCUCGCCUUCGGAACCAUGGACUCGUGGCUGAUUUACCGUCUUAACGGCGCACAGGAGAGACCUGGUGGUCCCAUCCAUGUGACUGACCCUACAAACGCCAGCCGAACAAUGUUCAUGAACCUCAACACCCUCCAAUACGAUGAGACCCUGCUCGACUUCUUCAAGCUGGAUCGUUCCAACAUCACACUCCCUAAAAUCGUCCCCUCCUCUGACCCUUCUUCCUUUGGCGCAUUCAGCAGUGGGCCCCUGAAGAACAUUCCUAUUGCAGGAUGUUUAGGUGACCAGUCGGCAGCACUCGUAGGUCAAUGCGGCUUCAACCCCGGCCAGGCUAAGAAUACCUACGGAACUGGGUGCUUCCUCCUCUAUAACGUUGGCAAUGAACCCGUCAUCUCUAAAAACGGCCUGCUGGCGACUGUUGCCUAUGACUUUGGCAAAGGAAGAAAGCCAGUCUACGCCCUGGAGGGAAGCAUUGCUGUUGCUGGUUCUGGCGUCACCUUCCUCCGCGAUAACCUCAAACUUAUUGGAAGCUCGAGCGAGAUUGACGGUCUCGCUAGAACCGUCCCCGACAAUGGCGGCGUCUUCUUCGUGACAGCCUUCAGCGGUCUCUUCGCCCCAUAUUGGAUCGAUGAUGCCAACGGCACCAUGUUCGGCAUCACCGCCUACACACAAAAGGGCCACAUCGCCCGCGCCACCCUCGAGGCGACCUGCCACCAGACCGCAGCCAUCCUCGACGCCAUGGCCACCGACUCCGGGAAGACCCUGGAAUCUCUCGCCGUCGACGGCGGCCUGUCCAACUCGGACCUCUGCAUGCAGACGCAGGCCGACAUCAGCGGCAUCACCGUCGACCGCCCCGCCAUGCGCGAGACCACCGCCCUCGGUGCCGCCAUCGCUGCCGGCUUGGCGACCGGUGUCUGGGAGGAGCUCGAGGACCUCAGGGAGGUAAAUCGCAAGGGCCGGACGGUCUUCGAGCCAAAGAUUGACAGCCUGCGAAGAGACGAGGAGAGGGCAAAGUGGGAAAAGGCCGUUCGCAUGUGCCGUGGAUGGGCGACGGACAACUAG